AUGACUCUGAACCGCGGGGACAAGCGGCGCGGCAGCACGCCGUUCGCCGCCCAGCAGCACCUGCACCGCCGCAGCAUGCCCGUGGACGAGCGCGACCUGCGGCCGCUGCCGCCCGAGGAGCUGUCGGGCUUGGUGCGCUGCACCUCGUACAGCCCCGGCGGCGAGCACCGCCAGAGCUGGGCCUCCGACUCGUCCGACUCCGUCAUCUCCUCGGGCAGCGACUCCGAGGGCAGCCUCUACAAGGUGAUCCUGCUGGGCGAGCACGGCGUCGGCAAGACCAGCCUGGCGCGCAUCUUCGGCGGCGUGGAGGACUGCGCGGACGCGGAGGAGGCCGGAAAUACGUACGACGGAUCAAUCAUAGUUGAUGGAGAAGAAGCGUCUCUCGUGGUGUUUGAUAUAUGGGAGCAGGAUGACAGCCAAUGGCUCCAGAACCACUGCAUGAAAAUGGGAGAUGCCUAUAUUAUUGUAUACUCAGUGACAGACAAAGUUAGUUUUGAAAAGGCUUCUGAGCUCAGAAUCCAGCUGAGAAGAGCAAGACAGACAGAGGACAUUCCUAUUAUCCUUGUGGGAAAUAAAAGUGACCUGGUCAGGUCCCGGGAGGUCUCAGUUGAUGAGGGCCGGGCCUGUGCUGUGGUGUUCGACUGCAAGUUCAUCGAGACCUCAGCUGCUCUGCACCACAACGUGAAGGAUCUGUUCGAGGGCAUCGUGCGGCAGAUCCGGCUGCGCAAGGACAGCAAGGAGGACAACGCCCGCAGGAUGGCCAACACCAAGAGGAGGGAGAGCAUCAGCAAAAAGGCCAAGCGGUUCCUCGGCAGAAUCGUGGCAAAGAACAAUAAGAAGAUGGCUUUCAAAGCAAAAUCAAAGUCUUGCCACGACUUGUCUGUGCUAUAG